CAUGGCUAUCUCAUGGGGGACAAAGGUGGCUGCCGGCGUGACGGUUUUGCUUGCCGUCAUAUUGAGCGAGUUGUAUGUCUUGUCUCUCCAUUGGGAAACAAAGGCGAGAAUGUUAAGAUUGCAGUUUGUAAUUCUGAUACAAGCAUUCUUGAUUCUUCUAUCCAGAUUUGUGUGGAAUAACUUCUCGACUAUGUUCGAUAAGCCGUCACAGAAGCAAGGGUUAAAACAUGUCAAAUAUUCUGAUAAUGAUCUUCAUCAGACAGAUGUGACUCAACCAUAUCUGGAAAAGUGGACAAUAUGGAGGGUUGUUCUUCUGACUUACAUAGUGUUAUGUCAUACGAGUUACUUUUUGAAUUUUUAUUUCAUUGGCCGAGAACCAUAUUUUAUAGCAUACAGUUGUUAUGCAGCACUUGGGCUGUUGUUUCAAAUAGUCACAGGUUUAGUGUUUGUCAAGGUUAUUCUGUUCUGUUUAAGAAGCAUUUCAAGAAGUAAGCCCGUCUUUUCAAAACAACGGGAAUUACAGCUUGUACUUAUUUAUGCUAUUCUUUUAUGGACUUAUGGUCUCUAUAAUGCUGCGAGUCCACCAGUUGUAAAAGAAGUCCUUAUCCCAGUCAGAGGAUUGCCGGAAUCUCUUGAUGGAUUCAGAAUUGUGCAGAUAUCAGACAUUCAUCUAGGACCAACUGUUGGAAGAUGGAGACUUACUAGGAUAGUAAAUAUCAUUAAUGAGCAAAAUGCAGAUGUUGUUGUGAUGACUGGAGAUCUUGUUGAUGGAAGCGUUGCAAGCCUCAGGGAAGCAGUAGAACCUGUUAAGGAUAUUCAGUCCAAAUUUGGGAAAUAUUUUAUAACAGGCAAUCAUGAGUACUAUACAGGCGAUGUAGACAACUGGUUCUCUCACCUCCGUGGUCUCGGUUUUAUUGUGUUACACAAUAGCAAUGUCAGACUUCCCAGUGAGAAACUACCCACCAAACAACAAAUAUGCCUUGCUGGAGCAGAUGAUAUCGAUGCUUUAAGGAUUGGGUACGGCAAUCACGGGAUGAGGCUGGAUGAUGCUCUGGGGUCAUGUGAUCAAAGUCAGCCAGUAAUUCUUCUUGCCCAUCAGCCGAAGGCGGCCAAGACUGCCCUGGACUCCGAAUACAGAGUUGACGUCGUCCUCUCAGGUCACACUCAUGGAGGACAGUUCUUCCCGGUGAUUAUUGGAGCCUAUUUUCUUAACCCCUUCUUUUACGGACUGUAUCGCUAUGGGGAGUCCAGUCAUGUGUAUGUGUCGAUGGGUACUCAGUAUUGGGGUAUCCCUGUCAGGAUCGGAACAACAAUGGAAGUCACAAGGAUAAUACUCACUCAGGCUCCAUGACAAGUUAUACAUAUAUAUGAAUGGUUAUAUCUUUUCAGUUGAUAUAACAUGAAUAAACUAUGGAGAAUUGUGCACUUAGGAAAGUGGAAUUGCAAGUAUUUGUUUUCAUGUUUGCACACUUAACCAUCGUUAAAGAUAACCAUGUCAGAUUCUAUUUAUGUAGUUAUUAGGCCAUCUUGUGUUUCUCAGUCAAUGCUCAGGUUCAGAGGGAGUGGUCGGUUUGGAUGAAAAUAAUAGUCCAUAUAUUUACAUUGAAAUCAACUGAGUAUAAUGCUUUGAGACAAUUAUGAACAAGUAGAUGCAGAAAUGUUUGGCACAGACUCUUUUUGGCUCUCUGUAGUACUGUCGUACAUUUUACAACCAGUAGAGAUUUGACAUAAUGUCAUUUGUACAAUUGUGUUACAAAUGCCAUUACUCCUAACAAUAUGGAUGAUAUGACACCUCACAUGACAUUACACAUGCCAUUAUAUUCCACCAUUGUUUAUAUAUUGAAGAUGACAUUAAAAUGAUUAAAUUGUUACAAUACUUAAGGCAUUAUAUUAGCCAGGUAAUAUCACAUUGCUUUUCUUAUCAUAUUGCAUUUUGUGACUUUGACAUUAAAUGUAACUUGCCAUUGCACUACAAACUAUGUCGGCCAUGAGGAUAUAUUUAAUAUGACAAUUGACACAUAACAUUGGUUUCUGGGUUUGUCAGCACCAUACCCGUGCUCAUUGGUUUCACCAAAGUGGUAAACGUCUGAGACCUGCAUCACUUCAGGCUUUCCUCCCACAUUAAGCUGACACGCCAUGAUAUAACUGGAAUAAUGUUAAAAGCGGCAUUAAACCCCAACUCACCCACACUACAUUGAUUACAUUGUCAGAUUAUACCAAUCUCAUUCAAACCUUUACCUCUGAUAUGAUACCUCUCUGCAUAAAGAUCUCUGACAACAGCUCCAUAGAGAACACAUCAGGUUAACCCUGAGCCAAUUUUGACAGCCCAAUCCCAAAGAUGUGUGAGCUCUUGAGCCAUUCACAUUUUUAGGCUGGUCCUUAGGAAAAUGUUAUUCAUAACAAAAGAAAAUCCACACUGGACACAGAUAUUCCUUCAAUGGUACUUCCUUGUGGCUGUAGAUGUUGUGGCUUAUAGAAACAAGGUUAAUGUAUCCACACUAUAAUGGUGCAGCCUUUAUUAUUUACUUUUGGAACUGGUUGUUUCAGUUCAUUUUUUAGAUAAAGAAGUCGGAUAUGCUGCUCAUUUGUACUGAGAAUUUAGAAUUCUCAACACUGACUGACUGACUGACUGACUGACUGACAAGAAAGUUAACCUCUAAGAUUGAGAAUGUUUGAAGCCCAAAAUCAGGGUUGAGCAUACGAUUGCGACUGUAUCAUGAGCAUUGUUUGUGAAUUCCUAUCAACUAGUGAUGAUACCAGGUGUUCAUGAAAAGACGAGCAUAUCCUGCCUCUCCAAUGGCAUGUUAAGGCAAAGUCAGUUGUUCACUUUAAAAAGACACGAGAACGGGAAAGUCAAUAUAGGGAAUAACAUUGGACUGAUGCAUAAAUUUGGAAAUGUCCAAACAAGUAUUUUCAUGUAAGAAGUUUCAUGUUUGAUGAUAGAAUUUCCUGUGUUUGAUCUCAUACAACAUAUAUCUGUGAACCAUUUCGUUUGAUUAUUCAUUCCAUUUUGAAUCUAUUUUUAUACUAUAUUAUCAUGAAGAUUUGUUUAUUUGCUGAGAAUAUUUGUAAUUCACAUUCAGCUCCAAGUUUUUAGAAAUUGUGGAAAACCGUUGCAUUGUUGCACAUAAAAUAUUGUAUAAUUGUUUAAUGUGUUUUAGCAACACUUAUCAAUAUCCUUGCACAAUGCUAGAUGAACAUGUUGAAGGAGAUACCUAGAUGUUAGCCUGUGUUUUGUAACUAAGGGUUUUCUAUGGGACAUUCAUUGUCAUAUUUUCAUAUCUUUGCAUUAAUAUCUUUUUUUUCUCAUUCAUAACUCUGAACCUUUUUUUAAUAAUAUAAGCCAAUUGGCUUAAAAAAAACAAAAAACGUUUAGUGUUUUGAAUGAGACAAAAAAAUCUUACAUGUAAUAAGUUACUGAUAAAUUACUGUCCAAGCAUUGACUUCUUAUCUGGAACAGAAUAUGUUGAAGAAAGGUUUAAUGUCUAUGGUGGAAUGUGGUCCUGUUUACUGCACACAGGUCACAAUUCAGAGAAGUAAAGCAGGGUUGAUCACAGAGAGUAGUUGGAUGGUGAACGUGUUCGGCAGCGUGACUCCUGAGAGUUUUAAGGGGUUCCGUCCUGCUGCACACUGUACCCAGCAGUGGAUGGGAAGCCAGUAGAGCAGAAUGUUAAUGUGACCAUUAACCUUCUUGUGCCUUAUAUGGCAGCAUGGGUUGUAUAUUCCAUAGCGGGCUGAGAAUGAAAUUUGAGUGCAAAAUGAUCCCAAAACGGGUAAUAUCAGAUUUACUAAAAAUGUAAAGUCACACAAACAUGAAAUAGUAUUUGAUUUAUCUUGAAAAGUUGUCAAUAGUCAAUGACAUGCAAAAUUUAAUAAGGUUACUUCUACAAGUUACUUGGACUAAAAUGUACAAUUACGUUUUACCCUGAAAGUUGAUAUUAGAGCAUAAACAGGUAAUAUAAUAUAUGUAUACUACUCAAAACAAGUUAACUGGAAGGCUGUGUAUUGCAAUACCCACCAGCCAUGACAGAUUAACCACAGUCUUAUGACGAACAUUGGGUGUUCAUUAACUUGACUUAUUUAAAUAGCCAUUUUCCCAAUUGCUCUGCCAUUUCUGCAUGUAUCGUUAUUACAUUGCUAUGCAGUACGUAUGUGGUUUGCUGAAUAACACAUGUUGUAAUUGUCUGUGUAUUGUGAUAUUCAGCCAUGGAUCUCCAUGUUAACUGCUGUGGUUGCCAAUUGUGCAUUGGCAGUCAUGAUGAACAUGUAGUAUUGGCCACCUACACAGCCAGUUGUUCAUGUACCACUGUGCAAUAUUAUGAACAUGCUGUGAGGAUGUCUGAUGGGUAGAAACUUUCUGUUGCUUAUUCUUUUUUACUGUUGUAUGACCUUUUUGAUCUAUGUUACAUUCCAGAAAAAAAGUACAGAGCCUUGUGGAUAUACCUUUGCUUUUCUUCAUUGAAACUGACAGGUCUAUUUAUGUUGUAUGACACAGGUAUCUCACCAUCCUCGCGUUACGAUGUGUAUAAUACUUACCUCACUUGACAAUCACUUGAUUAUCCCCCACCACCAAGUGGAGUGAGUAGUAUGGGCCUGGGCUCUGUCAGCCUGACUUCAAUGUUUUCCUGAAAGUGCUAUGGAUACAAGGAUGAUAACUUGUACACAUCAUAAAGGAAUAGAACAUGUUGAAUGAGUGAAAGCCAUCUUUUAGACAUUCAUGCUAUACAGUGCUGGGCCUAGGGCUCUUGUUCGAUCUUUUGAACAUGGUGCACAGUCCUGCCAGUUCCUCGGUAACCACUACAGAUUACGUCACUAAGUGAUGAAUAUGUUAUUAAGUUUGAAAACCGCCAUCAAGAAUUAAUAUUGUACAGAAUUAUGUCCUUUGUUAUAUUUGUUUUUGUGUUUGCUCAAAUGAUAAUAGGGUUUUAUUUCUAAAGAAAAUAUUUAAACCGUUUCAUAUAUCUUCAUGAAACAGGCAAGUACUCAUGCCCCCCCUUUCACUACGACCACGAAUAUCCCGAAUCACUCCGAAUCGGAAACUUUCAAAAUUUGUGAUGAUUCGGCCAAUAAUGCAAACUUUCGGGUUGAAAAAUAUGAAGAAUGCCAGGAAUGGGUUAAGAAACAUGUACGAUUUAAAAGAUUCAUGUAGGGAUCAUGCACGAAUUGUAAGAAUCACCUACGACUAAGUUACGAAUAUGCUGAAAGUUGUUCUUACUUAAUUCUUUCGUUUACGAUGUUUACGGGUUGAGGACAAGACAUUUUGGGAGCCACGAAUCGUUAAGAAUAGCCAAGACUGCAAAAGAAUCUGUUACGAAGCUGUUACGGAACAUAAAAAUUAAUUACGAAUGGAUUACGAUACAGCCACAAAAUUGCAAUCCGGGGACCCUUCCAUGAAAGUUUUUGACAAACGAAAACCUUCUCGACCAUUCGACGAACUCCCGCGAACUGAACGAAUGUUUGGGAAUCAAAUAAGAUUAAUUUAAGAACUUCAGGAAAUGAUUGAGAUUUACCUACGAACAUGAAAAAUUUCCUAUUCGGGAUAUUAGUAGUCGCAGAGAAAGUAUUAACUGGUGACCUUGAUAUUUCACUGUUUUAUACAUUUUUAUCUCUUGUUCUUCCCAAACAAGUUCAAAUAAAAUUAGGGUACUGGUGUUCAUUUGUUUCUGGUGCCAAUUGUUUAAUUAUUUGAAAUUAUUGAAAUUGCAAAAGUAAUUGGCUUGUUAGGACUGUUGCCUAUCCAUGCUGCCUUUGCAAUCUUUGUGUUAAUCUUGUUUGGUUUUUUUAUUUUGUGGUUUAUCAAUGACAUGACCUUCACUGCUGAUGUCUGCUGAUAGAGACUUUUCAAUCAAUGUGUCAAGAGGGAUCACAUGCACCAGUAUAGGUACACAUUGAUUCUGUGAUGAAUGAGGCCCUGGAUGUUGUGGCAAGUUGUCCCUUGUCUGUUGUUUUUUACAUUUCAAAAUCACCAUUUUGAAUUCAGUGAGCACUUAAAAACAUACCAUUAUUUUCUCUGAAGGGAGGUGACAAUAUUUGGCCCCCCACGUCGUUGUUCAUAGCUUCCAGCAUGUGCAGUAAAUAAUUUAAUUUUUGUGUAAAACAUAAGGGAAAUUUAAAUUUUCUGUCAUUUUCAGGAACAGAUGAUCUAAAAUUGGGGUCAAACCGUACUCACUCACAUUUUGCAUGAUAUGGAAUGACUAAUUACUUGUGGCCCUCAGAAUGAACAGGCAAUGGUCUUGUACCAAAUGUCCACCUGUAUUUAUGUAAUCUUCCAACAUUUAUCAAAUGAUGUCAAUUUCAAAUGUAGAUAAGGUUCCUAGUGAAUGAAAAUAAAUGUGUGCAGCUUAA